CCAGCAAGUUGGGCAGCCCGACAGCGUCGUAGCCUCCCGUUUUUACGCUGGCCGAAACAACAAGCUAGAGGCGUAAAGACACUAGCAAGCCAGGCAGGCAGCCAACAUCGGGCGCUAGACGCAACGAGGGAAAGUGCGGGACGCCGCGAGUGUUGUACAGCAUCAGCACAUCCAGUUCGUGUCGAAAUUUGGACCAAUGCAGGCCGACUCAGCCCCAGCAACGCGCUGCUCCAUAUCGGUGCGCCAGGGCGGCAAACGCGUCGCAUUGAUGGAGUUGGACCCUUCGACGACGCUGCGCGAAUGUUUGCAGCAACUACCAGCGACCGUCGACGCGCCGGCGCUCGUCGACGACGCGUGGCGCGGACCCCUCCCCAGAGACGGCUCGACGUGCGGCGCCGCGGUGCCCCUCCGGCCGGACCAAAUCAAUGAGACGCUCCAGGCGCUCGGCUGGUUCCCGUCGGGCGUCCUCGAGCUCGGGGACACCGCCCCAGCGGCGAGGCCGACAUCAUCCGCUGCGACGGCGCCGCCGUCGGCCCUCUUCGCCGCCGUGGCCUCGAGACACGACGCCGCCGACGCCUUGACCGGCAACGGUAUCAGCGGUAAAAUACGAACGAGCCAGGCCGACGCCGCCGAGGACGCCAGGCGCGACGCCGCCGCGGCGCGCAUCGACGCGCAGCGCGCCACGGCGGCGACGAAGCGCGACGCGAAGACGGCUUCAUUAGUAUGGCAGAUGAUGGCCAAGCGCCACGCCUGUGGUAGGUCGACGCUGCGCGAGGAGGACCGCGUCUACCUCGUGCUCGAGCGGCCAAGCCGCGCGGCGCGCUACUGCUUCUUCUCGGCGCAGGACACGUGGGGGCGCGCGCGCGACGCCCUCGGCGGCGCCGGGGCCCUCGCGCGGAGCGACGGCGCGACGGCGUCGGCGAACGACACGCUCGGCGCGCUGCGCGCGCGCGGCUGGCUGGGGAACUUCGCGGUCGUGCGCUUCGUCGACGCGCCCGGGCCUGCGUCCUCGACCACCGCGCCGGCCGCGCCGCCAGCGGCCGCGCCCCCGUCGCCAGGCGCCGCCGGUACGCCCGCCGACGCGACCCCGGCGCCGCCCGCGCCGCCCGCCGACGCCUACGUCGUGAGCUUCGUGAGGCUCCGGCGUCCCGGCGCCUUCUCUACUGCCGCGCAUCGUCCACGGCGCUGGGCUCACCUCGGAGCUUACGAGGUCGACGCUGCAGUCUGCUCGAUGGCGUGGCCGUCCGCCUCCACGCCAUCGACGCGACGCCUCACCGGUCGCUUCGCGCGCAGGAGGGCAAGGAGCACCGCAUCGCCGGCGUGACGACGGUCGGCGAAUUGAGAGAUGAGGCAGCGAAAGCCUGCGGCCUCGCGACGUGCCGCCUCGUGUACAAGGGCGACCUCACGAGGGACCCCUCCCAGAAACUGGAAGCGACGAAGCUGCGGCCGGGCGCGAAAUGCCUGGUCAUGCGCGCUAGGAGAUAA